GCAGCUGCAGUCGUCAACUAAAGCAAUAUGAAGAACCUGGUUGUGUUGGCUCUGUCGCAGUGGUCGCAGUGGAGGCCAUGCCGCAGGCGGUGGAAGGGAACUCCCUCACGCCCUCCGCCGCAGUGCCGCAGACUCCCGGCAUGAUCCUGACCGCCGCACAGGGCACCAUCCCGACGCAGCUGGUUCAGAUCGCCUCGCCGCUGUUCCAGGGCGCCCCAGCGACUGCCGGACCUGGACCCGCCGCCCCUCAGCUCUUCUCCCUCACGCCCAUCAUGAUCCACCAGCUGUCCGAGGCGGAGCAGAACGCCCUCGCCCACCGGGAGUUCCUGAAGAUUUGGAAGCCCAGGCGAUCCGCAACCAGGCCAUUCCUAUUGCUCCUGUCGACCCCACCCUUGCAGCUGCCCCCGCCCCUGCCCCGCCCCUGCUCCCGCCCCCGCCCCCGCCCCGACGUCUGAGACCUUUUCCCUGACCGUCGAAACUGCUCCUGCUACAGACUCCGCCCCUGCAGCGAGCGCCGAGCCAAUCGCCGUCGUUUGAGGGGCACAAGCUCCCCACAAGAGGA